UGAGCAAGGCUUGGCUGCACCCUACUUGAAAACUACAUUCGAGGCGCAUAUUUACACACACCUCAUCCUCAAGAAGGAGACAAUGGGCUGCUGCGGCGAGGUCGACGACGAUGCACCACCAUCGCCUCUGGCGGCGCCGCCUUCAGAUCUCCUCGAACCGCUCAAUUCCCUUCGGCGCCAAGCCUCACUCUCCUCCGGCGCCGACAUCACAAUUUCCCCAAUAAAUUCCAACUUCUCGGCUCUACUCUGCAAGGAUACUCUCCAUACCAUUUUAGAGAAGCUGGCGCUUGCAGACCUUGCCCGCGCGGCAUGCGUUUGCCGCCUCUGGCGAUCGCUGGCCUCCGACAGGGAGAUGCAGAUUCGGGCCUUCAUGUCUCCGUGGAAGCUUCGAGAUGUUAUCGGAAACCCUAGCUCCGGCAGCUUCUGGAGAGAUAAUUCCCUCUCGAAAUUCGCGGUUUCCCACCGCGUUUCCCGCGGCGACUCCAUCGCUAGCCUCGCCGUCAAGUACUCCGUUCAGGUUAUGGACAUAAAACGCUUAAAUAAUAUGAUGAGCGACCAUGGGAUAUACUCCAGGGAGCGGUUGCUGAUCCCCGUGAGCAAACCAGAAGUUCUGAUAAACUCCAUGUGCUACAUAGAAGUAGAUACCCAUGCAAAAAGAGAGGUUGUCGUACUCUAUCUUGAUGGUGGUCCUGGUCUUGACAGAAAUCUCAACAGCCUUUUGAAUAGGCUGUCCGCCGAACGCGCCAAAAGAAGGGUGAUAGACUCAUUGAAGAGGAGCAUGCAUGUGGACGAUGGCACUGCUCAAUAUUACUUGUCUGCAUCUAAUGGCGAUCCUCGAGCUGCACUUACACAAUUCUCUGAAGAUCUAAGCUGGGAAAGGCAGGUUGGGAUGGCAUAGUCUGUGACGCAGAGACAAUGCAUUAUUGAUUGAUCUGUUUGAAAUUCACAAGAACUGUUGAAAAUGGAUGCACUUUAUAAUAUUAAGUUCAUCGGUGUCUUUAUUCCUGUAAAGUCCAUAUAUCAGCCAUCAGGACCUGUGGGAAUCUUUUCCCUCAUCUGGCUGUCACUGUGUAUGUGGUUAUUCUGUGAUCUGUGAGUUGUACAUAAAUAAGAUUAUGGUAUGAGAAAGCAUUUUGUAUAGUAUUGUAUCAUAUUUCAACCUUUCUCUA